UUUUUCAGGCGCCAAAAGCCAUUAUCAGUUGUUCUUUGCGCGAGGAACGGCAAUCCGGGAUUUACUUCGAAUCUUAGGAAGAGAUAUGAAGACAAUGUAUCUUUGGUACCAGCUUUCAGUCGUUCUAUCAGCACUGUCGUGUGUGAGGCUAGUUCUUGCUAAUGAUGCCUCUAUCACAGGAGUAACUUUCAGAGCGAGGACGAGUUUCAUAGCGUACCAUUUCAACAAAACCUCAUCUUUCCUGGGGAUUACCUUCAGACUUGAAUUUUCAUCAACAAGUUGCAAGGGUGAUUUGAUACUGGUGACAAGCAUGGACACUGAUAACUUUUUCAAAAUUGUCUUGGACAAUGAAGUUAAGACCACCUUCCAUUACAAGCUUGGAGAUGGAGAUUUUAGCGUAUCGGCGUUAGUUCCUGCAAAAAAAUCCUUCUGUGAUGGUCAAAGACAUAUCGUACGAUUUGAACGAUACAAAAAAACAAUCAAGUAUAGUGUGGAUGAUGGUCAAGAAGUACAAACGAACGGGACAGGAAUCACAAUUGGCACUUUUAGUAAGCCAGAUAAGAUUGUCCUUGGAGGAAUUUCCAGCAACAAAUUCGAUGGCUGUGUUUACAGCGCAUCUGUGCUGUUCCACUGGAAAAAAUACCCAAGUAGAAACGUCAAAGUAAAUAUCAUAGAGCGCUAUCUCAAAAAAGAUCCCAGGAUUCAGUCAGGUGCUGUGUUUGUCGGAGCUUGUCCUGAUUCAACAAAAGUAAUUUAUCACAAAAGCCAAGAAUGUACAAGUUCAAACACAGAUAUCUCCAUGAGCGCUGAGGGGGGUGUGAUCGCAAGUCCUCGCCUCGAUAAUUCAAGUCACAUCAGUCGAUGUUCUUGGCGCAUCUCGGCGCCUUUCAAUCAUCGUUUAAAAUUCACACUGCUGUUCUACAAUGCUAGUAGUUUUGAAUCCUGUUCAAACAGUAAAAUCGUUGUCUUUGACGGCUUAUCUAAUUCCUCGAAUGUUCUGGAAAGAUUCUCUUGUCCCAAGUCAAGCAGAGCAUUGUUCACAAGUGGUCGGCAUAUGAUGGUCGAAGCAACUCUUCCCAUGCAGAAAAAUGAUAUUGAUUUCAUUGCCGUUUAUGAUGUUGUGGGAAUCGACGCAGGACCUUGUCCAACAAACAAGAAACUGAGUGGCAAGUCUGGUACGAUACAAAGUCCAAAUUUUCCGAAUAAUUAUGAAGCUGAGCAUGACUGCUCCUGGAUAAUAUCAGUGCCGCGUGGUAAUCACGUGCUGUUGUCGUUUAACCGAACUGACUUCCACAUCCAUUCGUGCAAUAAAAUUUGCGAUUGCGACUUCCUUGAGGUCCGUGCCGGAACGACUGCCGGAGGAAUGCUUCUUGGGAAGUUCUGUGGUAGUGACCCUCCGUCUCCCAUCUAUGUUAACGGAAAUGAUAUGUGGCUGCGUUUUGUGAGUAACAAGCUCUCAAAUAACAAGGGAUUUCGUGCAAAGUUUGAAGCCAUCAGACCACUGAAAGACAAAUGUCCAUGGAACGAGACUUUUACGGCUCGUGAAGGCUUGAUUCUGAGCCCGCGGUUUGCUCUAGAUUAUCCUGGCAAUAUGGAAUGCAUCUGGAGAAUCCAUGUCCCCGAAAAAUCCAGAGUGGAAUUUAAUUUUUCAACACCGAUCUACUUUGACCCGAAUUGUACCGACGUUAUAGAAAUUAGAGACGGACUUCAUGAAAACAGUCCACUGCUCAAACGGUAUUGUGCCUCCUCAGCCACUCCUAACGGGAUCGUUUCGACUGGAAGAGAAAUGUUUGUGCGCUUCAAGUCAGACGGCUACAUACGGGAUCAUGAAGUUUCUAUGGCAGGGUUUAACGCCAGCUACUAUGCCGUGGAUAUCAAGUCAGGCGGAGACUCCCUCAAGACAUGUUUUUAUUUGAGUUUUUUUUAUUUUCUAAUUUUCUCUUUGGUUUGCUUGUAAUUUUGAUUACUGAGAGCAAAAGCGUGAACUUUGUACUUUGUGCGUUUAAUUAGA